CGAACGCAGCAGCAGCAGCUCACGCGCGCACGGCACACCAGUGAGUGACACCACCUCUCGCCUCAGCGCCGGCCCCCCUAUAAAUAAUGGCGCCACUCUCCCCUACCCCCGCCUCCGCCUCUGCUCCCGUGUCCUCCUCCCCUCGUUCCCUCGUCCCGGACGCCUCCGCCGCGCCGAUGCGCCCCGCCUCGCCGCCGCAGGAGCUCCCCGCCGCCGGGGGCGAGAUCCAGGCGGCGCUGGCCCCUGCCAAUGCCUCCACCGCGGGCGCCCGCGGAGGCGGAGGCUCCUUCACGGCGCUGCUGGGACUCCCCACCUCGCAGGCCAUGGAGCUGCUCCUCCCCCGCACGACGCCCCCCGCCCUAGCCACAGCGCCCGCGCCAACCUUCCCCUCCGACCCGCACCUCGUGGACCGCGCCGCGCGCUUAUCCACGUUCGCGCCCCCGUCCCCGUCCCCAUCCUCCACGUCCCCGGCCCGGCCCCUCCCCGCCGCCGCUAACGCCGGCAAGCGCAAGGCCGACCCCGUCGACCGUGCCUCCAAGGGGAAGGCGGCGAAGAAGGGGAAGACGGCGGAGGAGAAGCUCGCGGGCGGCGACGGCGACGACGAGAAGCCGGCGUACGUGCACGUGCGGGCCAGGCGGGGCCAGGCCACGGACAGCCACAGCCUCGCCGAGCGGGCGAGACGCGAGAAGAUCAAUGCGAGGAUGGAGCUGCUCAAGGAGCUGGUCCCCGGCUGCAGUAAGGUAUCAGGAACAGCAUUGGUGCUAGAUGAGAUCAUCAAUCAUGUUCAGUCUCUCCAAAGGCAAGUUGAGUACUUGUCAAUGAGGCUCGCAGCUGUAAACCCAAGGGUCGAUUUUGGUGGGCUAGACAGCUUUCUGACCACAGAGUGUGGAAGGAUAGCAGGCUUCAACUGCAAGAACGGAAUCGACUUGGAGCAGGUAACCUGGCCAGAAAUGGGUGUUCAUGGAGCAAGGCAGCUGAUGCAACUUCAACAGCAGUUCUGGCAUGGCGAUUUAACACAUCCACACCAAGUGGCUUCACAGUGGGAAAAGCGUGGGGAUGGCCAUCCUCCCGUCUUUAGCAACUCCAGUCCCUCUCUCUUCGGCUAUGAUCUAACAAGCUCUGGAGCCCAGCAAACCCCGGCGAGCAAGCUAAAGACGGAGCUUUGAGCGACGAUGGAUGGUAGAUAGCAUUGUCAGGAGAGCAGGCUGAACAUAUGCGGUGGGGGCGCAGCAGCGACAUGAUUUCAGCAAGUUGACCAGGUCAGGCUACAAACGGGCUGGGAAUGUUGAUGUGAAGCGCAUGGAGACCAACAUUUUCAGAGACAGAGAGGAUGUACAUAUAGCGAUAGAGAAUACUAUUGGUGUUGAGCUGAAGACGGGAAUACCAUAGUUGUAUUGUAGAGAUGGGCACGCCCUGCUGCUAUCGCUGAAGAGAUGGGAGGGCGAGCGAUACUCCGGUCUAGUUGCUGGUAUUCUUGGUGUAUUUCUUACUAUAAUGGCCCAAUCUUAAGGUUAUAUGAGCAGC